AUGGACCCGGUGCCGCUGGAAGACUUCGUGCGCGCCCUGGACCCCGCCUCGCUCCCGCGUGUGCUGCGCGUGUGCUCGGGGGUCUACUUCCAGAGCUCCAUCUACGAGAUGUCUGGGAAUGAGUGCUGCCUCUCCACCGGGGACCUGAUCAAGGUCACACAGGUCCACCUCCAGAAGGUGAUCUGUGAGAACCUGAGCAUGGGUCAGAUUAUAGAGCUGGAGCCCAACUUCCAGGGCCACUUCAGCCCCCUCGUUUGCCCCCAGAGCUACAGGACCCUGGAGGAGCUGGUCACAGCCACUAACCAGAGCUGUAGGUCACUGCCCAUUUGCUUCAUAUCGGCCCACACCAUUACCAUAAAAGGCAGGGUGGUGCCCGAGAACCAACCCCUCACACUUGAGGCAGUGGAGAUGCACCUGGGGACCUGCUGUGCCCGCUGUGUCCUGAACACAGGUGCCCAGGAGGCCAUUCUCUACCUCCCCCUGUCCCAGAAGGGGGUCUUCUGGCAAUGGGAGCCUGGAGCACCCCGGACCCUGCUCCAGGCCCUGCAAGACCCAUCGCUGAGGGGCCUCCCCUUCAUCUGCUCCACACUGUCCUGCAGCAACAUAAUCCUGAGGCCCCAGUAUGAAGUCCAUGCCAUCAUGCACAUGCGCAGAGCCAUCGUCAAGAUCCCCUCCACACUGGAGGUCGACGUGGAAGACGUCACCGCCUCCUCCCAGCACAUCCAUUUCAUCAAACCCCUGCUUCUCAGUGAGGUGCUGGCCCAGGGUGGCCCCUUCCCCCUGCCUGUGGAGAUCCUGGAAGUUCCAGAAGGGCCCCCCAUCUUCCUCAGCCCAUGGGUGGGCUCUCUGCAGCAAGGCCAGAAACUCUGGCUCUAUGGCCAGGCCUCACCAUCCUGGCGGGUCCUGGCCUCCAGCAAGGGCCGCAAGGUGCCCAGACACUUCAUGGUUUCAGGGGCAUACCAGGGCAAGCUGCGGCGGCGGCCCCGGGAGUUCUCCACUGCCUACGACCUCCUGGCUGCCCUCCAGCCGGGCCAGCCCCUCCGGGUGGUGGCCACGAAGGACUGUGAGGGGGAGGGGGAGGAGAACCCAGAGUUCAUUUCCCUGACUGUGGGUGACAGACUGGAAGUGUUGGGGUCUGGCCAGGCCUAUGGCGCCCAUAACAGGGAAGUGGAUGUUCUGGUGUGCCAACGGCUGAGUGACCUGGACAAAGAGGAAGAGGAAGAGUGUGAAGAGGAAGGAGAGGACAAAGAAAGGUUUCUGCUGCCCCUCUACUUACCCGGCAGCUUUGUGGAGGAGAUGAACGAUGGCCGACGUUAUGGCCUGGAGGACCUGAUGGCCCAGUUGUCAUUGCCUUGCGAGGUCAAGGUGGUGGCCAAGGACGCCAGCCACCCCACUGACCCUCUGACUUCCUUUCCGGGCCUGCGGCUGGAAGAGAAAAUCACUGAGCCUUUCCUGGUGGUAGGCCUGGGCGCUGAGCCCCGUAUGUGCUUUGAGAUCCCUCCCCGAUGGCUGGAUCUGAUGGUGGUGGAAGUGCAGGAACAGCAGAGCCCGCCAGCUGGACCGACCUCUGUUGCCACCGUGGAGGAAGUGACAGAAGCCUUCUACUACCGCCUUCGGAAGUUACCAGCCUGUGACAGCCAGCGCCCCCCACCCAGACCCCCCAAAAAGCAGGCCGCCAGCGAGCAAAAGCAACAGAACAGCACAGAGAAAAGAACAAAGUCUUCUCAAGAUUUAAGCCUCAAGCAAACCCCUCCGUUGGCCAAAUCCAAGAUGAGUAAGACCCUGCCAGAGUUCUCCAAGGACAGUUCAACUGUGCACAGCAUUUCUUCCCACAAGAAGGGUCCUGUGUCCACUAAAUUCAACACGCGGAAUCCAGAUAAUGAUGAACAUGAUUACGAAGAAAUAGUCGACAAGUUGAAGAAGAAAACCAUCUAG